AUGUCUAAUUAUGAAGACCAAAAUAUUAAUUUUGAUAAUCAGAACAUAAACAACGAGUUGAAAACUGAAGAUGAAAAUAUUGAUAAUAUGCGAUCCCAUGAAGAAGAAAAUUUAGAAAUUUUCCCAUUACAUUCAAUAUUCGGAGAAGGAGAUGAAUUGGUAAAUCAAGAUAAAACAUUAACUCAACAAACUAGUUUAGUUCAAUAUAAACAAAUCCAUGCAGGAGAAAAACAGCGAGGCGUUUUAGUUCAACAUAAAAGAACCCAUACCGGAGAAAAAUUGUAUUCAUGUGAUGUUUGUGACAAAGCAUAUACUUCACGAUUAAAUUUAAUUGAACAUAAACGAACUCAUACUGGAGAUAAACCAUAUUCAUGUGAUAUCUGCAAAAAAUCGCAUCCUUGUAAAUUGUGCGAUAAAGCAUUUGCACGAGAAGAUGAUUUACUUCUACAUACACGAACCCAUACCGGAGAAAAAUUGUAUAUAUGUGAUGUUUGUAAGAAAUCAUUUACGUGGGAAAGCAGUUUAUAUGCACAUAAACGCAUUCAUGCUGGGACUAGUAAACCAUUCCCUUGUGAUGUUUGUGACAAAUCAUUUGCUCGGCUAAAGAAGUUAAUUGAACAUAAACGAAUACAUUCUGCAGAUAAGCCAUUUAGUUGCGAUUUUUGUAAUAAGUCAUAUCCUACCAAAGGCAAUUUACUUAGACACAAAAAAACUCAUGAUGAAGAAAAUAACUUUGAACAAAAUAGUCCUAUGAUGUUUGUAAAUAUAAAACACUCACCAUCGCACCCACCUUCACCAGAAUACAUACUACCAUAA